CCCAGCUCUGGACGCCCCUGCUGCCAUUGGUGCCGCGGGCACUGCGGCAGGGCCCAGGGCUCCCCGCCCCUGGCCAUAAGAAGCCAGCGAGUCCCCAGCUGCACUGCGCUGCUGUACCACAGCCCCGCUGCCGGCAGGGAGGGCCACGCUGUGACCAUGUCUGAGCUGGAGAAGGCCAUGAUUGCCAUCAUUGAUGCCUUCCACCAGUACUCAGGGAAGGAAGGAGACAAGCACAAGUUGAAGAAAUCAGAACUGAAGGAGCUAAUUAACAACGAGUUGACUCAUUUCCUCGGCGAGAUCAAAGACCAGGAGACUGUGGACAAAGUCAUGGAGGCGCUGGACAGUGAUGGGGAUGCAGAGUGCGACUUCCAGGAGUUUGUAGCCUUCAUUGCAAUGGUCACUGCUGCUUGCCAUGAGUUCUUUGAGCAUGAAUGAGCUGGUGGGAAGCAGGCGAGCACCUCCUUCUCAUGCUGGAGAGAUGCAGAGCAGCAUCACUCCUCCAGGAAAAAGACUGGGUGUGAUUAGGGGCUCCUUGGAGUUAAGCUUGUGCUAGACUUAAGCAGCUUAUUAAGUUCUGCGACUUUGUGAACAAGAAACACUUGCACAGCUCAAGAAAGACUAUCAGCCAGUGCCCACCUGGCUGGAUAUGGUGUGCAAAUGCCUUGUCUCAAGCUCCUUCACUGCUGCUGUAUGCGAGGGACAUGCACGGGGCUGGAGGCAGGCAGAUGCUGAGAUCCAAGCUUGCUUGCAAAGGGAAAAGGGAAAUUCAAGGGCUGAAAUAGAAAGAUUAUGGUGGAGGGGUUGGUUACAGAAGCCUGGUUCUGAGCCUGCUGACCUGAACAGAAAGGCUCCUGUUGACUCCUGUGGGCUCUGACCACCCUGUGCAUGGUACUAACCCAAGCAGCACAGCCCCUGUCCUGUCACAGGGGCUCAGGAGAGCCCAAGCAUUUCUUGACAAAUUGAGACACCCUUGGCUUGAAAGACAAUGCAUAACCAUCUAACAGUCCAGGCUUUUCUCUUGUUGAUGAAUCCUCCUGCUUUUAGCAGCCUGAAGAACUGGUAGUGAAAUGUAUGAGGCUUCUGGGCUAGGGACAGCUUCUGGACCUGGCAUGUGCCUUGGCAAGGUCUCCAGGCUCAGUCAGAAGGGAAGGGGGGAUCCACCCAGCGUGACCACAGUGCUUUAAUGUAGACCAGGCACGGCCUCCAGUGUGUGGAAAUGAUGAGAAUAAAAUCCUGUUUUGGUCUCUGGGCUGCAAUUGG